CGCGGCGCGGCGGUGCCCGGCGCGGGGCCGGGCCGGGCCGGGGCCGCGCGGGGGCGGAGGGCAGCGCGGGGCCGGCCGGCGGCGCGGCGCGGCUCCCGCGCUGGGCCAGACUCAGCCCCUUUCUCCCGCCGCCGCUGGCUGCGAGCGCGCUGCGGCUGGAGCUGCCCCCAGAGCGGCUCGUGAUGGCGGCGGCGGCGCGGGCUCGGCAGCGGGAGGCGCCCGCCCAGCCCUGCGCGCCGCGCCGCUAGCGGCAGCGCCCGUGCCCGCGGCGGCCGCCCCGGCCCAUGCCCCCGGGGGGAAGGGGGGCUGCAGCAGCCCGGCGAGCCGCCCACCCGCGCAGCGGGGGCAUCGCCCCCACUCGCCGCUCCUGGGAGGGCGGAAAGGAGGCAGCGGCGGCGGCGGCGGCGCCGGCAUUGUGCGCGGCGGAUCGCAGGCCCCGGCGGCGCGGGGCUCGCCUGCCUCCCGCCCCAGCCUCAUGAACCAGCCGGACGGCUCCGCUCCGGCGGCGGCGGCGACGGGAGCGCAGGCCGACGAGAGCAACAGCAGUGGGCGGAGGAGCUCUUCCAGCAGGGAGUGUUUGAAGAGGAGCCCGCGGAGCCCGAAAGCAGAGGGCUCCGAUUCGGUGACAUCUCAGUCCUCACCCAGUGAAGAGGCUGGAAUGAUGACUGAGGUGAAGGUGAAAACAGAGGUACCAGAUGACUAUAUCGAAGAGGUGAUCUGGCAGGAUGACACCAAAGAUUCCAAGAAGAACAUAAAAGAUGGGCCAGGAGACGUGCCCGCGGAGAUCUGCGUGGUCAUAGGUGGGGUCCGUAACCAGCAGACGCUCGAUGGAAAAGCAGUGGAACGUGGCUCUCCCGUUGGAUAUACACGAAAUCGAUAUUCAGGGACCUGGAUUUUUGACCAUGCAUUGAGAUACACGUCCGGGUCUUACGAGUGUGGAAUAUGUGGGAAGAAAUACAAGUAUUACAACUGUUUCCAGACCCACGUGCGAGCACAUAGAGACACUGAAGCUGCCUCAGGUGAAGGAGCCUCACAAGGCAACAAUUUUAGGUACACGUGUGACAUUUGUGGGAAAAAAUAUAAAUAUUAUAGCUGCUUCCAAGAGCACAGAGACCUACAUGCCGUGGAUGUUUUUAGUGUGGAAGGGGCCCCAGAAAACCGGGCAGACCCCUAUGACCAGGCCGUCAUAGCAGCAGAUGAAGUGAAGGAGGAGGAGCCGGAACCAUUCCAGAAGAUUGGUCCAAAAACUGGCAAUUACACCUGUGAAUUCUGUGGCAAGCAGUACAAAUACUACACUCCCUACCAAGAACAUGUGGCACUGCAUGCACCUAUUAAGUUCUCUCGAUCUCCACUCUUCGUGGCAGUGAAGACACAGGCGAGCCAAUCCAGCAAAAAAACACCGGCUUCAAUAAACCGAUGUUCUACCCUCCUGCACCGCACCCCCUCCGGUGUCCCACCGGCAUCCCAAUCUCAGAUGUUCCGCGCUCCAAAUUCUGGAUCCCCAGGAAGCAAGGCCAUCACAGCAGAAAGUGCUUUCAGCAGGAGAGUGGAAGGCAAAGCGCAAAACAACUUUGAAGAAACAAACAGCAAUUCUCAGAACUCCAGCGCUGUUCAUUCGGGGACAGAAAAACCUAAAGAAAAGAGGUGUAAGCAGAACCCAUCAGAAACCGCAAGUCCCCUGAUUUCAAAUCCUUUCCCGCUUUUACAAAAGCCUUACACCUGUGGAGCUUGUGGAAUCCAGUUCCAGUUUUAUAACAAUCUCCUGGAGCACAUGCAGUCCCAUGCAGCUGACAACGAGAACAAUAUUGCCUCUAGCCAGCCCAGAUCACCUCUAGCUGUUGUUGAAGAAAAGUGGAAACCACAGCUCCAAAGAAAUAACGCCAACAAUACAUCCACGAGCGGUUCGGUAGGGAACAGCGCGAUCCCAGAGAAGGAGCGGCAGAACAUUGCCGAGAGGCUCCUGAGGGUGAUGUGCACUGACCUCGGGGCUCUGAGUGUGGUGAGCGGGAAGGAAUUCAUCAAGCUAGCACAGACCCUGGUGGAUAGCGGAGCUCGCUAUGGUGCCUUCUCUGUCACCGAAAUCCUUGGCAAUUUCAACACACUGGCUCUGAAGCAUUUGCCUCGGAUGUACAACCAAGUGAAGGUGAAAGUCACCUGCGCCCUGGGCAGCAACGCAUGCCUUGGCAUCGGUGUCACUUGCCACUCACAGAGCAUCGGCCCCGAUUCUUGCUACAUCCUGACAGCUUAUCAGGUGGAAGGCAACCACAUCAAGAGUUACGUCCUGGGAAUUAAGGGCGUGGACAUUCGAGAUAACGGUGAUUUUAUCCACCACUGGGUACAGAACGUGCUCUCAGAGUUUGUGAUGUCAGAGAUCAGGACGGUGUAUGUCACAGACUGCAAAGUCAAUUCCUCUGCGUUCUCCAAGGCAGGCAUGUGCUUGCGUUGUUCGGCCUGUGCCUUGAACUCAGUAGUGCAGAGUGUGCUGAACAAGCGAACACUACAGGCUCGCAAUAUGCACGAAGUGAUUGAGCUCCUGAAUGUCUGUGAAGACCUGGCAGGAUCCACGGGCCUCUCGAAGGAGACCUUUGGCUCCCUGGAAGAGACCUCUCCUCCGCCCUGCUGGAACUCAGUCACCGACUCCCUCCUGCUCGUCCACGAACGCUACGAGCAGAUCUGUGAGUUCUACAGCAGGGCCAAGAAGAUGAACCUCAUCCAAAACCUGAACAAACACCUGCUCAGCAACCUAGCAGCCAUUUUGGCUCCAGUGAAACAGGCAGUGAUUGAGUUGAGCAAUGAGAGCCGGCCCACUUUGCAGCUGGUACUGCCCACCUACGUCAAACUGGAGAAACUGUUCACUUCCAAAGCUAACGACGCUGGCGUAGUCAGCAAACUCUGCCACCUCUUCUUGGAGGCGCUGAAGGAGAACUUCAAAGUUCAUUCGGCACACAAGGUAGCCAUGAUCUUAGACCCUCAGCAGAAGCUGCGGCCCGUUCCACCAUACCAGCACGAAGAGAUCAUUGGCAAGGUCUGUGAGUUGAUCAAUGAGGUGAAAGAGUCAUGGGCAGAAGAAACAGAAUUUGAACCUUCAACCAAGAAGCCUCGGGCAGCAGGGGAAGCCACAGCAGCUCAGGAAGAAGAUUGGUUCGGGAAAAAUGAAGUCUAUGAUUAUUUGCAAGAACCUCUCUUCCAGGCCACCCCUGACCUGUUUCAGUACUGGUCGUGUGUUACCCAAAAGCAUACAAAACUAGCCAAGCUAGCCUUUUGGCUCUUAGCAGUGCCUGCUGUUGGUGCCAGAAGCGAAUGUGUAAAUAUGUGUGAGCAGGCUCUCUUAAUCAAAAGGAGACGGCUACUCAGUCCAGAAGACAUGAACAAACUCAUGUUUUUGAAGUCCAACAUGCUUUAAGACUGUCUUUUAAUUAAAACAAAACUUUAAAACACUGUUCCAAACAAAGAAAAAGAAUUUUAAGUUCUAAACACUGUGGACCUCAUUAUGAAUGCCCCUGGAAACCAAGUGCUUUUUUAUAUAUAUAUAAAAAUAUAAAUAUAUAUAAAAUUAAGUUUGAAAGGAAAGCUGAGCACGUGAGAGAGACAGCCCUCUGCCAGGAACGUGCUCCUUUCCAUAGAUAGUGUGUGGACUUGACAGACUUUCUAAUGUUUUCAAGUGGGCAGACCAAUGGGAGGCUGAUGUUCUAAAGUCUUCAGGCAGCUGAGAUCUAAAGUGACUUGAAGUUUCUUUUGUUUCUCCUCCACCCCACCUUUCCUCUUGUCCCCUGGGCCAUCUUGCCAUGGAUAAUCAGACUACAGUGAACAGACCAGUUCUGCACUGGACUUUGCUCCUUUGAAUAACUGUACACCUUGAGGGCAUUUGUCUGCAGCCUUCUUGACAUACGGUGCAUGUUAUCAGGGCAGCUGUGUUUUAUGAACACCGGUAUCUUUAGAAAUCAGGAAGGGAGACUUUAAGGGUUUUUUAAAAAUUUUAUUUUUAACUUUUUCAUACAUGUUUUUUCAAAAGAACAAAAGUUACUUUUCUGUCUCCACUCCCAGGUUUGAGUUUAACAUGUUAGCUAGUGAUAAGUUUGAUUUAAAACUAAGAGAAAUGGUUCAUGGCAGAAAAUGUCUGUAAUUGUUACGUUCUUGGAUUUAUUUUUUUGCAGCAUAACUUCUUUUCUGAAUUCCCAGUGUUAAUUAGCUUCUCUGUGAAUUUUGUACAUCAGGGGUUCUCCAACUUGUUCCAGAGCAGCUCAUUUGUGAUUAAAUAAUAUCCUAUGGGAACCACAGCAGUUGCUUAUAUGGAAAAGCUAGAAACCAGGAAAAGUAAGCAAGCGGUGACAGCAGAGAUGUCUGUGGGCCACCAGCAAGCUUGCUGGGGUCUGCCAGCUGCCAUUGAGAACCCUUGUACCUAAACUUUUUGUAAAGAAGUUUCUCAGUACCCACGCUCAAAACAACCUUCACAAGGCCAAGGACAAACCAAGGUGUAUGAUUUUUCAGGGGAACAAAGAUCAUCAGUUUUGUCAAACUGGGGUUUGAAGGAAGCUUAGAGAAGUGCAUGGGCUCAAAGAUCCUUCUGAAUGUAAGUGCUCCUGAUUGAGUGCAAAGAAUAUCUUCCCGUUUUAUUUGGAAUGGUUUCCUCUAGUAGCACGAAUGUCUUUUUAAUACCUACAGUGCAUUACACUACUUGUUAUGUUGCUGAAUCGUUCUGGCUAGGAAGGCCACUGGCCCUUAAACGUUCACAUUUACUGGCUCACCCCAAAUGCAAUUAGAGGUCAUCGUAAUGCAAAAGCAUCUCAGUCACUCUGCUGUCCACCACGGCCAGUGCUCUGCCGUGUCCAGUGCCCGUAGGCACAGGUCCUGUGCUUCAGGCUGUCAGGUUUGGUGCCUCGUGGACAAUUCCCAAGCUCUGGUGCCAAACUGUUAAUUUUUCAUCACUGGGACUUGUAUCCGGGAGGCAAAUUCAAGCAUAUUCUUCUUUUUGAAGUAGUUUCUCCUGCUUCCAGUGGCGUGCUCUGGAGCUGCAGUCACAGUCACAUCAGAGGUCGGGGAGGAAGGACUCGCUCAGCUCCGAGCAGGCUGGCUGGAGGCUGAAGUCCUUCAGCAGCGCACGGGUGUUUUCUGGUUGCUGACAAGGCAGUGGGGAGACGGGGGCCCUCUCUGAAGUUUACUGUUGCACAGAUGUUAAACCAAGAUCCCACCUGCCCGUCUGGUUGUAAUGGAAGUUGCGAGUCCCAAGACAUGAGAAAUGGCAAACCUGAUCUGUCAGUGGGCAGAUGCCUUGAACCUGACAGGCACUAGCAGACAGCUUCACUGCUGUGGGGCUCAGCCAGGGGAACAGUUUGCGUGCUAGAGACCUUCCCUAGGUCAAGGUCACCAGAUAGCUCUUUGCACCCAGCCCUCUUGCCCUUUUCAGCCUAGAAACAGGAUCUGCUAUUAGCUUGAGUCUAGCGUUUGGGUUGACCUCUCGGCACUGUUACUGGCAUCAGGGCAAAACUAAUUGUCUCCUGAGUGUAAGUUUUGCAUAUGGAUAUCUUAAAAGACGCGGUCGGCAACCCCACUGACAACUGCAGGGUAGCAGCACUUGAAGAGGAGCUGCCAAGGCAGAGGCGCUUAGACAUCUCGUUUCUCUGGCAGUGGCUUUUGCAAAUGGAGGUGUUGGUUGUAGGGUCAACUUUUCUUCUCGCUGGUUUUAUUUUCUCCCAUACAAAUCCUGGCAGCCUAGCCACCAGCUGGGCCCAUGCUAACACAUCUGUUUGCAUUUGCGGUGCAGGAGGAACCUAUAACAAACAAUAACUAAAUCUCAAACUACAAACAGAAAACCCAAAUGAGAUGUGUGCUGAUUACAAAGUGUUUGUGCUGUGCUGCUGUUCCCACUGAAAAGCACAAGGUAUCCUGCAGCAAGAAAACUUGGCUGGAGGAUGAAUCCAAAGCAAGAUUAGCUUUUGAGGUUGCAGAGUGUGUACCGUGCAGCUCAGCUGAUGGGCAGAACUGGGGACAGGAUUUGUAGUUCUUUCUCCUAACGGUGCAUUACACAUUUUUGCUUGGUUUGCCUGAGACUCUGAGAGCCCCUCAUGGGCUCUUUGAUGCUCAGGCGAAUGUGCAAAACUCUUGUGUUCCUUUGAAAAGAAAGCUCCAAACCCCAACACUCCGUUGCUGAGGGACAGGUUGAUAACUUCUGUGGGAUUUGUCAACUCGGGCUCAUUGUGUUGUCUGUCUGUGAGGCAUUAAGGGUGGGGAAGUGGACAAAGCAGAGUUAGGACAGGUCUAAAGCCCUGGAAUUGAGAAUGAGGUAAAACUGUGGUGAUUUGUGCAACCAUUCGAUGCCAGGCUGUGCACAGCAGUGACCUGGACCGUGGCUGCACAGCCAGGGCAUGCAAGUGGAAAGGCUGCAGCCACCCUUAACUCCCAGCCCAUCUCCUCUUCCCCUUUUUACAGUGUGGAUUUGGCAUCAGAUCUGGAACUUUCUUGAUGUGAUGACCAAAGAAAGGGAUUGACUGGCCCUCUCCCCCGUCUGAGUACCUGUCACCUCUGAGGCAACUUUGGUUAUAGUUGCACUAAUGCUGGACAUCAAGCAAACAUGCAGUGUUGUCUGGUAGAUGAGAUUCUCCCAAAAACUUAGAAACUCGACUUAGCAGCUGAAAAAGCAAAAUAAAACCUGAAGCCCUAAAAUGGAGCAGUCUGGAAAGUUGGUGAGAAGAGGAGCUGGUUGGCCAGCCCCCUUCUCCAGCAACUCCAUGGAAGGAGCUGCAGCUCUUCAUGAGACUUAAAUGUGGUUACACAGUGUUCUGCUCAGAGGAGCUAUUCACGCUGUGUCUGCUCACAGGCUGACUUUUGCCUGGUGUACUUACAUGUCAUUAAAAGGAGAGAAGCACAUUUGGAGCACACGUAUUUACCCUAAAUGCCAAGCUUUUGCUCAUAUUUCUCCUUCCCUCUUCAAGACUUGCAUUUGCAUUCUGGGGAGCAUAGUUACUUUACCUAAAGGUCUGAAUUUUGGAAGCUCUUAAUUUGCCAGGCUACUGCACCCCAAACUAUUCUAUGAUUCUAUUCCAUGAUUGGCUCAGUGGGAUGGAGCAACACUUGGGCUGUACGGAGCACUGUCCAUCCUGCAGUGGGAGACCAGAGAGGAGAGGGUCCCAGUUUGGCCAGAGCUGUCAUGAGGUUCUGCUCCCUUUGAGCUAGGAGGAGAAGUCCUCAGAAUUGGGAUCCUCUUCUGGUAGGUCACGUUGGGAAUUUGUCUUCUGCUUGUUUGUUUCCUUUACUGGCACUUGAGAAAUGCGUUGGGAUACAAAAACGCUGUGUGUGUCCUCAGGCAGUCACUUGGUUCUGCUGCUUACUCUGUGCCUGACUGCAGACUUGUCUUUCUGACUUCGCAGUUUGCUAAGGGCGGGGUUACGAUCUUCAGGUGGGGUGCAAGCACCAAGAGAAGAUGAACUGUAAAGGAUGAAGGGCCUUCCAGUCCUGUCUGAAGAUCUUUGUUACCAGAAAACUGAGAAAGUGGGAUACAAAGGCAGAACUCUUCAAAACGGAAGUUUUUUUCUGUGUGAGUACAGCAGCCAGAGGGUCAGUGGAGAACAUGGAGCCCAAAUUUGUCUGCUCUUGUCUGUCUCUUCUCCUCGUGACUCUCGCAGUAGACAGUAGUUGUGUUCUGGCUUGCAAGAUGGGCUCGAUGUCUUGUGCUUGGGUUGGCUGCAGAUGGAAGUAAACUUUUCUUUUUGUCCAAGCUGUAUGUCUGUUCUAAGAAAACUGAUUUGGUUGUAUUUGAACUAGUGCAAUCUGGAAAACUUUCUGUGAAAGCCGACUGUGGGCUCAGGUUUUGUCUAAUUCAGUUGUCUGUUAAUUACUGGUUAAACCAGUUUGACUUUGAGAUAAAUUGGUUUAAGCAUCCACAUGAACCGCCUGCACUGGUUUAACUGCGCUUGCUGGGUGUUCUCCCCUGCUGAUCAGAGAAUACGUCCAGAAGCAGCUCAGGGAGUCAUGACCCUUUUGCAAAUGAAGUGGUGGCAGAUACUCUCAAAGCUCGGGAAUGACUGAAAAUAGAGGGGAGACACUUCUGAAAGUUGCUUGAGCUCUAAAUUGUGGUAUCUGAGUUAAUACAGUAUUGGGUGAGAUGUCUCAGGUUGGUUGGUUUGUUUUUCUCCAACUACUUGCAAUAACAUGGAAGGUUUAGCGUGAGAAGAAAUUACCAGGCAUGUCCAUAUUGGUGGAUGAGUCCACUCAGCCGUACCCAGUCUGAGGGACCAUUUCCAGCUUCUGGAUCCCGCAGCAGGCAAGCCGGGACGUAGUGUUGCACAGGAGCAGGGUGACUGAGACAUUGUGCUACUCGGAGAAUGCUGCGUGCAUUUCUAGACAGCAGCAAGUUACCGAUAAAUCAGAAGAUGGUAAAAGAGCAGCCAAAAAGUUCCUCCAGUGCUAGGAGUGCUGCUUUGUGCCGAGGAACAUCUCUGAUCUCUGAUUGCAUCUCUCUGGCUAAAGGAGGUGGAGAGGAGCUCCUGGGAGCAUUCAGAGGGAGCACACGCAGGAGAGGACAAGUUGUUCCCCAUGGAAUAAUUAGGAGUAAUGAGAUGAACAAAAAGACACUAAAGGCAGAUUCCGGGGAGGAGAAAUCUGUUCAUCAGGGGGGAGUCUGUUACGGGAACGUUUUUUGGGCCCUAUCAUUUAAAACAAGGCUGUACAGCUACACAGAGCAUGCUCCGUAAGGCACAAGGCUGCUUUGGACCUUGCCAAGAGAAAAGAGACUGGAUGUAGAGGUGGGAAAUGAUUGCUGUGAGUCGAGUCCAGUCCUGCCCGAUAGGUCCGGGAGGGUUCACAGAGCAUCUUCCUCUGCAUCCUCCCACUCGCCACCGGCACCAAACCCAUCCCAGCGCUCCAGUAUAUACAUUAACCAGGUUUCCUAAAGGAGGGAGGUAGCUGACCAGCAGAAGGGGCAGAGAAGAAAACACCAGUUGAGGAGCAAAUGUCUUGUCAACGCUCGUACGGCCAAGGUAGAGGGAUCGGGGUGGGGAGAGCAUUAAAUAUUUUGCUGCUUCUGCUGUGCAUUUUCUGUGUUACACCAUGAUCUUGAAUCCGUGGGAUCCAUUGGGAAUGCCCAGAAACACCAGCUGAGACUCAAGGUCCUGUGUCAGAUACUUCUGAAGGUGUCGCCCCGUAGCAAUAAGAACUCCCUUUUUCCAGUGCAUGGGACCUGUCCUGUGCCAUGGGUUAUCAUCUUCUUGGGGCUUCUGGAAAUGUCACUGAACAAAACAGUAAUAAAAAUACGGAGAGGUAAACCCAAGCACAGCUCCAAGGUGAAUGCCUCGUUAGUACUGUGGGGUAGUUUGCCUAUGCUAGGCCAGAAAUGGUAAACCAAUGAGAGUGUAUUGCCCUGAAAUUUAAUUUUAUAUAUUGAAUGUUUGGGGGACUUCUGUUUAAUUUUUUAUUUUUUAUUUGGCUGGUUAGUUGGGUUUUUUACUAUUCCUGUUAGAGUCCUUUGUUUUAUAACUUGUUGGGAGAGUUUUGGUCACGUUAGACAUCGGUGUAUCCAGUAGACCCUUUGGGGUUUAUAUGAUCUGUAGGCAGCUGAGUUUGAAUUUUAUAGAAUAGCUUCUGAGAUGAGUCACAUCCGUGGCUUAUUGAUGCACAACAUCAACCACUGAAAGGAUUUUCUUCCUUCCCAUCGUUCUAGCAUCAUUGACAGUGGUCAGCAUGUCUUGGUACCCGGGUGAGCAGCGCAGCCUUAACGAUAGGGAUCUUUUACAGAGGAGUUGAUGAGUACAGGCAUGUCAAGCCCUUGCUUUUUACAACCAAAGUUCCUUAAAAAGACACUUCCAGCCUCAUCAGCCUUGAAUGCUUAUUUUCAGUCUUCUGGGGCUUCUGGUGGCGGUCUCUGCAACGUGUGUGGAUAGGAUGGGUUGGUUUGUUGUUUUUUUUUUCCAGUGGGCUGGGGGUGGGAGGUGGGAUUUUUUUUUUUUUCUUCUUGCUAUCUAUGGAGAAGGACCUUUCCGCCCAAGGAAGGAGGCAUGUGUUCUGGAAGGAGCAACAGUCUUGGGAGCUGUUUUCCGUGGUCCCUUUAAACUUAUUGGGACUUUAAUAUUUUUUUUUUUAAAUUAUUUAAAAGGAAAACUGAUAACAGAAUGAACUGAAACAUUUGUGACAGGUGACUAGCCAAGGCUGUAAGUCCAGGAGGAACGCACAUCAUCCAGACCAUGAGGAUUCUGGUCCACGCCGUAGCUAGAAAGUGUCAUGCCGACAAACCAAACCAUCAGGAAAUCCUUGUUUGCAGCCAGUCUGAAAAGAGAAGCUGUUCCUCGUUCAUAUGUUCGUUUUUUGAAACCUCCUGUUGGGAGCUGAAUUCUUGUUAUUUCAUCAAGCAAACAAUUAAUGUUCUCCUUUCCCUCCUCACCCUCCCUCCCCUCAGUAACUCGUGUGCAUUUCCUUCCUUUCUGUAGAUGCAGAUGUUCUAGGCAAUACCACAGAUGCACCUGCGUGUGUCUCUACCUGCGAGUGCAAGAAUCUCAUGUCAUCUUAAAAAAUACAAAAAAAUAUACAAAAAAUAUACAAAAAAUAUCUUUUUUAGGCCAGAGUUUUCUACAGGUAUUAAUGAAUAUUUUUCUUAAUCCUUAUAAGUUUUAUGUGUUUAAUAUUUCUUAAUACCGGUAGCAUUAAUUUAUACUUUUGUAGCAACACAAUAUUUUUAUAAACCGCCACCGCUGGCUUUGUCUUCAUAAUGGGGAAAAGUGCGGGCAGCUGGCCCCGCGCUGUACCAUGUACUGUAUUUAAAAGGUUAUCUAAUGUCACACUUGCUGUGUUAAUAAACAAAACAAAACCUG